UUCCCCAGUUCAAGAUCGCCAUUAUCGGUGCUAUUUCACGUUAUCUGGAAAAAAACCUAAAAAAGAAAGAAAUGUUUCCUGACGGAGACAAACCCUACAAAACUUUUGAAAUUGAUUCUGAUAACGAUAAUGAUAAUUAUGAUUCAGUAUCUAUUUAUUCAGAACAAACUACAAGAUCAACAGGAUCUAUUACAAGUCAAAGUACUAAUGUAUCACAGAUUUCUAAUCCAAAUAAAAUAAUGCAUUAUUUAGCUCACACACCUACUUAUAAAGAACAAGCUCAAUUUGAGAAAGAUAUUCUUAAUAUAACUAUUGAAAAUAGCUGGUUUUUUAGAUGGUUAGAUAGCAAAUCUAUUUCUAUGAUUAAUGAUAAUAAACAUGCACAACAUGAAGAAGAAUGGGAUAAACCAGAUUCAGAUGAGUUAGGACUUGACGAAAAUGCAAUAAUUUUAAAUCAAAUUGUGGUUAACGUAGAAACUGAUCAUUCGUCAAUAAAUAAAGAUGCAAAGUGGAAUCUUUGCUCUUUGUUUGGUCAAAAUCUUCCCACUCCACCAUAUUUUUCAGAAUUACAAUAA